AUGCGUGCUCUGUACGGUUCCGCCUGGCCCUUCCCCAAGAAUGGGACAGGACAAGCACGAUCAACGGACGAUCAUGAUUCGCUCCACAACACAGUUCCAAGGAGCUGCGUCGAGGCCUUCCUCCGGCUGCGACACGCUGCACUCCUGGACUCGGUCCCUCGGGGCCCUGCGCAUGCCCCCAUACUGCGUGGUACAGAACCUGCUCACCAGGAACUGAGGAGAUACCUCGCUCACUGCCUUGCCGACGACACAUCCAUCUUCCAUAGUAGCAACAGUGAUGCGACGGGGAUAGCCACAGAGGCGACAGGCCUAGGAAAUGCUAUGGCUCGACGAUCAGCACUGGGUGUAGGAGUACGGAGGGACAGGAGGCCUCUCUCCUGGCCGGGCUCGAAGGAGCCCCCAAGGCAACGGAGAGCCAAAGCUAGUGAUGGCACUAAUCACUCGCCGUGCUGGUUGAGACGGACCCACACGUGA